AUGCUCUUCGCUCAGGCCACGACCAUCCUUGGUCUGGCCGCCGGUCUUGGGUCCGCGGUAGACAUCGGCUUUUACGCCAGCUCGACAGACUGCACGGGUACUGCAGUCAUUUGCAGCAACGUUGCCAGCAACAGAUGCUGUGUGUUGAGCGGUUCCCACCGCAGCGUUCGCUUCGUCGCCGCCGAACGCCUCAUUAAUGUUCGCGCGGACAGCAACAGAUGCACCAGCAUCGGCUUCGGGCAAAACGUCAGGCCGCCUUACUGCCUGAGUAGUGCCGGCCAAAGUACCUUUAAUAGCGCCCAGUGGCGCGAAGCCAUCCUUCUCAAGCGUGCUCCGGAGGUGGACCAGUGCCCGGCCGGUCCAGGGGGCUGCAAGGAGUUUGUCAGACCCGACCUGAUUGUUAUCCCCGAUGGGACCAAGUACUAUCUCAAGGACCUGGACGAUGUUGCAUAUGAAAAAUUGUACGGUAACCCUCUCUACCGUUACUAUUACAGUACCGGAGCUGCUGCCAAUGACGCCUUUGCAGUUGCCAAGGACGUCCCGGAGGAGUUCAGCGCUCUGCGUAUUGAUGCCUAG